CAAAUAUGCCUUGAAUGAGGGCUCUCAAUGUUGCUUGUUUCAGGAUUGGCUGUAUCUUCGUUCCAGCAUUAUAUUGGGAGAUUGCAGCUCCUCCCACCUUAUUGGCGCUCACACUUUUUCAUUUUAUCCGUGUGCCCAAUUUUGGAGCCAGCCCUCCUGGAUCUCCUGGCCAAUCAAGAGACCACACAUUGUUGCCUAAGAGAUCCCGGAUAUCAGCGAAAGGAUUUAUAGAUGGUGAUUGGACUACUGGAAGCUAGAGGGAUGGGGGCUGGGCAGAGUCAAAGAAAAAGCAACUAUGGCAACACCAGCGCUUGAAGCUUGAAGAGGGAGACGAGCUAAAAGAGGUAUAGUUUUUCUUAUGGAAGAAUAUCCAGUUAUUUCAUGAUGGCAUUUGCACCUCCAAAAAGCACAGAUGGUCCCAAAAUGCAGACAAAAAUGAGUACCUGGACACCCCUAAACCAUCAACUUUUGAAUGACCAAGUAUUUGAAGAAAGAAGAGCUCUGCUUGGAAAAUGGUUUGACAAAUGGACAGACUCUCAAAGGAGAAGAAUUCUGACAGGCUUGUUAGAACGCUGCUCCCUGUCACAGCAAAAGUUCUGCUGUCGAAAGCUGCAGGAAAAAAUUCCAGCAGAAGCUCUGGAUUUUACGACCAAACUUCCAAGGGUGUUAUCCUUAUACAUCUUUUCUUUCCUGGACCCUCGAAGCCUUUGUCGUUGUGCACAGGUGAGCUGGCAUUGGAAGAACUUAACGGAGCUGGAUCAGCUCUGGAUGCUCAAAUGUUUACGGUUUAACUGGUGCAUCAGUUUUUCUCCAACGCCCUUUGAGCAGGGUAUAUGGAAGAAGCACUACAUUCAAAUGGUGAAAGAACUUCAUGUUACCAAGCCUAAGACACCUCCCAAAGAUGGGUUUGUGAUCGCUGAUGUUCAACCAGUUACAGGCAGUUCUCCAGAGGGAAAACAGUCUUCUUCAUCAGCUUUCCGAUCUUCUUCCUCUUUAAAAAAGAAGAAUCAGCCAGGGGAGAAAGAACUCCCACCCUGGCGAUCCUCUGACAAGCAUCCAACUGAUAUCAUCCGCUUCAAUUACCUGGACAACUGUGACCCCAUUGGGCCAAUCUGGCAUGGAAGAAGGAAAAGACAGGAAAUGAUCCCAGGUUCCAGCCAACAAUCCCAUGAUAAGAAAAAUAAAUUGCAAGACAGAUGUAAGCUAAGAAAAGCACAGUCACUGAUCAACCAGUGAAAUCCCUGAGAAUUCCAUUGGGAAGGAAGAAGAAAGAAUACGGGCUUUACAGUCAGAGAGGCCUGGGUUUUUUACUAAACGGUGUGGCUUUGGGUAAGUUACUUAACCUCUCUGAGCCUCUAUUUCUUCAUCUGUAAAAUGGGAAUAACGAUACCUCCCUUGCAGGAUUAUUGUCAGGUAAAUGCCAGGAAUAUAUUAAGUACAAUAUGUGUUUGUGUUCCUCCCCAUUUAAUACCAUCUGAUUUUUCUCUUCGCUGACCAAGAGCACAGGUUUGGGACUUAAACAGCCCAGGUUCACUGCCUGAUAACCACAAUUUUAGUAGUUCAGUGAGUUUGGCCAAGUUAUUAACAUCUUGAGGGCUCUGUGUCUCAUCUGUAAAAUGGAGUUAAACCCAGCGCGAACUUCAGAGGGUUGGGAGGUGACUGUAAAGUACUUAGCACCAUGCCUCACUCCAAGUAAGCAGUC